GUUUGGUUGAUUUUUUUUUUUUCAUCAGAUUUAGCUGACUAUUCAAAUAACCUGGAUGAGUGCUGAAAUGAAAGGCGGGGGGGGGGAAAAAAGCCCCAAAAGAAACGCGUGAAGGAUAAAAAUAAAACCGCACCAAAACAAGCCAGGAGCUUAUUUGCAGUACCCGAGCAGAGUUUAGUUUCUAGGCUUUAUGUUAGGAUAGGUGGCGUGUGUUGCAGGGUCUCUCCUCUCGCUCGUACAGAAAAGAAAAAGAAAAAAAUGUCAUUAGAAGAGGCGUAACACGUCAGUCCGUCCCCAGGUUUGUGUUUCCUGGAGUGGCAGAAAGAGAUCAGUCCUAACCUGCCCAGCAGGAAUAACGGUCCUUCCGACAACUCUUUGCAAGGCUUUUUACAAUUUCUCCAGGAGCUGCAUCUCCCUUCACCUUUUCUCCUCCACUUCGCGGCUUCUUCAUGCUUUUUCUUCUCACCAUUUCUGGCCAAAACUACAAACAAGACUUCGCAGAGCCUGCGUGCUGCUGCUGCUGCUGCCGCUGCCGCUGCUGCUGAAUCAGGGAGUCGAGCCCAUGCGAACUGCCAUCUGAUCCACUCUUAUCAAUGAAGCAGCAGAUCAUGGCGGAUGGCCCCAGGUGUAAGAGGCGAAAACAAGCCAACCCCCGGAGGAAAAACGUAGUGAACUAUGAAAAUGUAGUGGAAACGGGUUCAGAAACAGAUGAGGAGGACAAGCUACACAUUGCUGAGGACGAGAGUGCUAUCAACACUCUGGACCAGGAAACUAGUCCAGCCAGUGUGCCCAACCAUGAGUCUUCCCCACAUGUGAGCCAAGCAACGUUGCCCAGAGAGGAAGAGGAAGAUGAAAUGAGGGAAAGUGGAGUCGAUCACACCUGGCACAACAAUGAGAUCCUGCAAGCCUCUGUAGAUGGUCAAGAAGAAAUGAAGGAAGAUUAUGACACUAUGGGGCCUGAAGCCACAAUUCAGACCACCGGAAACAAUGGUACAGUGAAGAACGCAAAUUGCACGUCGGACUUUGAGGAAUAUUUUGCCAAAAGGAAACUGGAGGAAGGAGAUGGGCAUGCAGUCAGCAUAGCAGAGUACCUGCAGCGCAGCGACACAGCCAUUAUUUACCCUGAAGCCCCUGAGGAACUGUCUCGCCUUGGCACUCCAGAGGCCAAUGGGCAAGAAGAAAAUGACCUGCCACCUGGAACUCCAGAUGCCUUCGCCCAACUGCUGACCUGCCCCUACUGCGACCGGGGCUACAAGCGCCUGACGUCCCUCAAGGAGCACAUCAAGUACCGCCACGAGAAGAACGAGGAGAACUUCUCGUGCCCUCUCUGUAACUACACGUUUGCCUACCGCACCCAGCUCGAGCGGCAUAUGGUGACACACAAGCCAGGGACAGAUCAGCACCAAAUGCUGACCCAAGGAGCAGGCAAUCGUAAGUUCAAAUGCACUGAGUGUGGCAAGGCCUUCAAAUAUAAACACCAUCUGAAGGAACACCUGCGAAUUCACAGUGGUGAAAAACCAUAUGAGUGUCCAAACUGCAAGAAACGUUUCUCCCAUUCUGGCUCCUACAGUUCGCACAUCAGCAGCAAGAAGUGUAUUGGUUUAAUCUCUGUAAAUGGCAGAAUGAGAAACAAUAUCAAGACGGGUUCUUCUCCUAAUUCUGUAUCUUCCUCUCCUACUAAUUCAGCCAUCACACAGCUGAGAAACAAGCUGGAGAAUGGCAAACCACUUAGUAUGUCUGAGCAAACAGGCCUACUGAAAAUUAAAACAGAACCACUAGAUUUCAAUGAGUACAAGGUUCUUAUGGCCUCACAUGGGUUUAGUGCAACUAGUCCUUUUAUGAAUGGUGGACUUGGAGCAACCAGCCCCUUAGGAGUUCACGCGUCUGCUCAAAGUCCAAUGCAGCACUUAGGUGUAGGGAUGGAAGCACCAUUGCUCGGGUUUCCUGCGGUAGGCAGCAAUUUAAGCGAGGUGCAGAAGGUCCUACAGAUUGUGGACAACACGGUUUCCAGGCAGAAAAUGGACUGCAAGGCUGAAGAGAUCUCCAAGUUGAAGGUUUACCAUAUGAAGGAUUCAUGCUCUCAAGCCGAGGAACAAGGAGUUACCUCCCCCAAUAUUCCCCCCGUGGGUCUUCCAGUAGUAAGUCAUAAUGGUGCCACUAAAAGUAUUAUUGACUAUACAUUAGAGAAAGUCAAUGAAGCCAAAGCUUGCCUCCAGAGCUUGACCACAGACUCGAGGAGGCAGCUCAAUAACAUUAAAAAAGAGAAACUGCGAACCCUAAUAGACCUGGUAACUGAAGACAAGAUGAUAGAGAACCACAACGUAUCCACUCCAUUUUCAUGCCAGUUCUGUAAAGAAAGCUUUCCUGGUCCCAUUCCGUUGCAUCAGCAUGAGCGUUACCUGUGUAAAAUGAACGAAGAAAUCAAGGCAGUCCUUCAGCCUCAUGAGAACAUGGUUCCCAACAAACCUGGAGUGUUUGAUAAGCAAACCCUCUUGCUGUC